AAAAAAUCAUUCCGCUACGUUGUCUGAUACCCAUCUCAUUCUGUAAAAAAUUCUGCCGGAAAGUGGUUGCAAAACAUCGAAUUCUUUUGUUUUUGUUUAAACAAAAGAAAAUGGCAAGACAAUAAACAAUAAAUUCUGUUACAACAACAAACUAAAAAAGGAAAUGUGAGCAAACCAAAAUCGAGAGAAUACCAAAAUAAGCAAAACUCAUUAAACAAUCAAAAGUAUACCAUAGAAGACGACGCGCAAAGUGAUAAACAAAAAUACAUAGACAAAUUGAAAACAAUUAAAAAUACUCAUUGACACACAAAAAAAAGCAAUAACAAAUAGAGAAUACCAGAAAUAUUUCGUAUGUAAAUUUUUGGUUAAAAAAUAUCUUUUAAAAAUAAAAGAAUAGCCAUGAGCAGUCAAAGUCAUCGAAAGAUGUCGGGUAUACGACCCAAUAAGCCAAGAACAGAUGAAAUAGAAUUGACAGAACUUUUCUCCUCACAAAUGUCCCAGCUAUGCCUCAAUGAAGACUAUUCCGAUGUUUGCUUUAUUGUAGAGAAUCAAAGGUUACCAGCCCAUCGUGUUAUGCUGGCUGCUCGUAGUGAAUAUUUUCGGGCCCUUCUCUACGGUGGCCUUUCCGAGUCCACACAAACAGAAAUACAUCUUAAAGUACCGGUUGAAGCCUUCAAAUCUUUACUGCGCUACAUAUAUUCCGGUCAUAUGUCAUUGGCUCAAAUGGACGAGGAUAAUAUAUUGGAUACCCUGGGUUUGGCAAAUCAAUAUGGUUUAUCGGAAUUAGAGUUAUCCAUAUCGGAUUAUUUACGCCAGUAUUUGGCCUUGGGAAAUGUUUGUGCAAUUUUGGACGCAGCACGUUUGUAUAAUCUGGAGAAGUUGACAAAGGUUUGUUUGACCUUUAUGGAUCGCAAUGCAGCCGACAUUUUGCAACAUGAUUCUUUCAAGAGUUUAUCAAAGGAAUCUUUGGAAGAAGUUCUGCGUCGUGAUUCAUUUUUCGCUCCAGAAGUACAGAUUUUUAUUGCCGUAUGGGACUGGUGCAAACACAAUCCCAAUGUUGAUAUCAAGGUUAGUAUAAGGAUUACAAUUUCAAACUACAUUUUCAAUAUUUUAUUUGUAUCCCUGCAGUCUGUUGUUUCGUUCGUCCGUUUGCCUCUCAUGAAUCUGGAAGACCUGUUACACGUGGUCCGCCCAUCUGGCAUUCUAAAUCCGGAUAAACUUUUGGAUGCCAUCGAAGAACAAAACACAUCGAAAUAUUUACCAUAUCGUGCUGCAUUGUGGCCCGAAGAAAAUGUUGCCACAGCUAAAUUUGUAUCACGCACCAUUAUGGGAGAGUGUCGUGCCGAACUACUGAACGGCGAUGUUACUUCAUAUGAUAUGGAAAAGGGUUAUACCCGCCACUGCAUAUCGGAUACAAAUGAAACGGGUAUUGUCGUUGAACUAGGAACAAUUUGCAUUAUAAAUCACAUUAAAAUAUUGCUAUGGGAUCGUGAUAAUCGUGCCUAUUCGUAUUUCAUUGAAGUAUCGCCAAAUCAAACGCAGUGGGAUCGUGUUAUAGACUAUUCAAAAUAUCAUUGCCGAUCAUGGCAAUUUCUAUAUUUCCCGGCCAGACCUGUGCGUUAUAUAAAAUUGGUUGGCACAUAUAAUACCGUCAAUCGACUAUUUCAUGUGGUGGCCUUGGAGGCUAUGUAUACGACAAAUUUACCCAAAGUGAUCAAUGACAUUGUGGCACCGACAGCAAAUGUGGCUACCAUAGAAAUGAGUGCUGUGGUCGUGGAUGGAGUAAGUCGUACGCGAAAUUGUCUAAUUAAUGGAAAUUACACUGAUUAUGAUUGGGAUUCGGGCUAUACGUGCCACCAAUUGGAUAGUGGAGAGAUUUUAGUGAGAUUGGGCCAACCCUACAUCAUUGGCUCAAUGCGCCUGCUAUUGUGGGACUGCGACGAUCGUACAUACAGUUUUUACAUUGAAACAUCGGUAAAUCAAAAGGAUUGGGUUAUGGUCGUCGAUAAACGUAACGAACAUGCUCGAUCUUGGCAAAAUUUCUCUUUCAAUCCCCUACCCGUGGUGUUUAUACGCAUUAUCGGUACUCGCAAUACGGCCAAUGAAAUUUUCCAUUGUGUCCACUUGGAGUGCCCAUCGCAAGAUCCAAAUUUUUUAUUAGCCGAAAAAGAAAAACAAAAACUGAUGGAGGAGAAAGCAAAAGAACAAUUGCGAAUUGUGAAUGAUAAUCAAGCGAGUACCAGUGCGGGUAGCAGGGCAUCUACACCACGUCGAAGUGUUAAUAAUUUACGUGCCAUAGCACCAGCAAAUGUACAGCUAAGAGAAGUGGAGGAUAAUAUCCUGGUGCAACUUGGCAAUGUUGCCGGCGGACAGCAUAAUGUUUAAGUAAUUUAAUUUUAUUUGUUACACAUAGUACAUACAACCCCAUUCUUUCAUAAUACACUAAAUAAUAAUAAUAGCACAUAAUUCGUUGUAAACAAAAUCGAAUCGAAUAAAAAUUAACAUAAAUUAUA